UUGGAUCUUCUGGAUCUAAUGAGUUUGGUUACUUCAAAUAAGUUAGGGGUAAAUCACUGGAUUUAUUAGAAAGGAUAUAAUUUAUUUAGAUUUUGAAUUCUAGGAAAUAAAUCAAAGAUUUGCUGAUUAGAGAAUAUUAAUCAAAUUAUUAUCACAUCGCAAAAAUCAUUCUAAUAAAAUGCAAUUUAUUGAAUAUGAUUAAAUAUUACAGUAAAUUAUACACGUUCUAUUUUGCUUCAUAAAUAAUAUGGUCCCAAGAUUUCGGGCUGAAGCGAAAAAACGUAUUUCUUUGGAAUGUAUGUAUAUUUGAU